AGGAGCAAGUUCCUGUGCAUGCCCUCUGAAGAGAGAGAGAGAGAGAGAGAAAGUGACAGCAGAAAGAAGGGCCACUAAACGAUCCAUCAAAGGAGAUAAGUGGAGCAAAUUCACAGCAUCAGAGACAGAGAAGAGGAGAAGUCAAGGGUUUAAUUUUUGCUGCUCAGUCUUAUGCCUGCUUUCUAUUGCCCUUUGCCUCAUUUGUCCUAGAUCUCUCCUCUUGCAAUCUUAACUUGUGGCCCGGUCAAGCAUGCCCACAAACGGAAUUAACAGGGCUCUGAAACUGCAAUUUGGCCUCAUCAACUAUGAGAACCGCUACCUGACAGCAGAGGCCUUCGGCUACAAGGUGAACGCCUCAGGCAUCAGCAUGAAGAAGAAACAGAUCUGGACUUUAGAGGAGGAUGAGCAAGAUGGCCAAGUAGUGUUUCUCCGCAGCCACCUGGGUCGUUAUCUGGGCUCUGACAAAGAUGGCAAGAUCGCAUGUGCAGCGGAGAAACCUGACCCAGAAUGCCGUUUCCUUAUUGUGCCCCAGUCUGAUGGUCGCUGGGCUCUGCAAUCAGAGCUUUACCUGCGUUUUUUUGGAGGCUCAGCUGACUAUCUGUCUUGCUUUGCUCAAGCUAUAGGGGAACAAGAGCUUUGGGCCGUCCACUUGGCUUUACACCCACAGGCCAGCCUGCUCAGUGUGGCUCGUAAGCGCUAUGCCCAUCUGUCUGCUUCUGAUGGAGAGAUCUCUGUAGACAGCAACAUUCCCUGGGGCGUGGAUUCUCUAGUCACCUUGGUAUACCUGGAUGGCAAAUACAGCUUGAAGACCUGCGACAGUCGUUUUCUCAGCAAUGAUGGCAAACUGGUGAAGGAGAACAACAACACCACUAGUUUCACAUUGGAGCUGAAAUCUGGCAAGCUGGCCUUUAAAGACUAUGAUGGGAAGUAUCUGACCCCAGUGGGACCCACAGGAACACUGCGUUCUGGCCGAUGUUCCAAGCCUGGAAAAGAUGAGCUGUUUGAUCUUGAGGAGAGUCAUCCUCAAGUAGUUUUUCAAGCCGCCAACAAAAGAUUUGUCUCAGUCAAGCAAGGAGUGAGUAUUUCAGCCAACCAGGAUGUUGAGACAGACAUGGAGACCUUCCAGAUGGAGAUAGAUAAGGAGAGCAAAAAGGCUAUGUUCAGGACUAACGGUGGAUCUUACUGGACUUUAGUAACUCAUGGAGAGAUCCAGUCCACUGCCACAGAGGCAGAGAUCAAUACAAUGUUCGACAUUGAAUGGCGAGGACAGAGGGUAGCAGUUAAAGCAAGUAAUGGCAAGUAUGUGUGCACAAAGAAAAAUGGGCAGCUGUCAGCGGUCAGUGAUACAGUGGGUGAUGAUGAAUUAUUUCUGAUGAAACUUAUCAAUCGCCCUAUGCUGAUCCUGCGUGGAGAGAAUGGCUUUGUGUGUCACCACAAGAACUCCAAUACUCUGGAUGCAAAUCGAUCCGUCUAUGACAUCUUCUCAUUGAUUUUCAAUGAUGGUGCCUACAAUAUAAAAAGUGUGAAUGGGAAGUUCUGGUAUGUCUCUAGCAGUGGCCUAGUGUGUUCAGAUGGAGAAAUGUCAGAGGAUUUUUUCCUUGAGUUCCUGGAACAUGGACGCGUCGCCAUCAAGGGCUCCAACGGCAAGUAUCUUCGUGGCGACCAGGGUGGCACGCUUAUGGGUGAUGGCACAUCUGUCGAUUCAUCCGCCCUUUGGGAAUACUGAUCUACAUAAUUGUGGUCCUUGAGGAAAGGCUGAGAUGCAGGUGCAUGAUCAAUUUUCAUCAGAUCACAUGAAGCAGACUGAGUGGAUAUCAUAUUAACUGUUUUUAAAAUAGCUACCCAGUCCUAUGUUUUUGAUUUGUUUUAUGUUUGUUUUUUAACUCGGAAGAAGUGAAUGCUUUAGCAAGAUAUAUGAGAUUUUUUCCUGAUAAUGUUAGAUGUUUUCUAUGCCUAAUGCCAACAUAAAUGACAUAUACUGUGUGUAAAUGUGUCAUUUUACAAACAUAUAUACUGCUGAAUAUACAAAUGGUGGAUACCAAAGAUUUUUAAGGCAGCCACUCUGAUCAGCCACUAAUCAGAAAGAACAGACAUUCCAAAAGAGAGGUUUUUGCUGCUGUUACAACUUUGAUACAUUUUUAUUCAACUUCUUCAGAAAGCACGUUCAUGGGAACAAAAUUUACUUUGGAACCUGAAUUCCAUAAGCCAAAUAGAUCAUCUGAAAAAAGCUUUACUGCACUUUAGCUGUAUCCUUACAUUUGGAAAAAUUGGAAUUGUCGUUUAUAGAUGCAACACAUUUAAUGUGGUUUAAAUGUCUAGACAACUUAUAAUUAUCUGAAUCUUAUUUUCCCAACCUUGAUUUGUUUAACAUUUUAAAAUGAUUACUUUGACAUGUACUUACAUGGAAUUACAUUUACACCAUGCGGUGGAUGUAAAUCCAGAGAAGACUUAAAUCAGCCCCAUCGUGAACACUGAAAUAUGUUUGUGCUAGAGAUGAACACAGAGAUCAGACCUUUUCAGAAACAAAUACUAUCAGUAUAAAUAUUUACCAUUCAUUUCAGGGACAAGCAAACCAAAGAGUGAGCACAGUAAAAGCAUUUAAUGAACCUGGUGUUAACUCAGAAAAUCUUUCUCUCUCAAGGGGCCUUAAUCCAAACUGCACUCUAUAUCCCUUCAUAUUAUGUUUUCAUGUUGAGCACCGAGUAGUGAGAUAAGAAAAUACAAUGGAUAUCAAUUCAAGCUGAAGCAAAAUCUGAUAAAUAUAAAUGUUGAGGCUUGACAAUUUUCAAGUAUCAAACAAUAACCAAUUUAUGAAGGGAGUGUUACAUGCACUCUCUUUGCCCUGUGGUUGUUGGUCAAAGCCAGCUACAAUGUAUCAGCAAGAUGGUCCUCCAGGAUAUCUUUGUUGUUUGGAAACAUAUUCCACUUUGGUUAUAGCUGGGCAUUCUGUAUCCUCUGUUUCUAGUUUUUGUAAAUAGAUAUUCCAAACAUAUCCCACUGAAACUGAUAUCUAGCUUCUGAACUAUCUCUGGUCAUAGCUGCAAAAGGUAUGUGAAAGGUAUUUCACAAAAUAUAUCCUUUCUGAUGAUGCUUUUGAAAAUGCAAUCAAUAGGUUGUACCUGACUCUUCAUUUUUUAUAUUUUGACUCCUCUGAACUGAUUACAUUCUCCUGACAUCCAACACAUUUCAACAUUUGUCUGGGCAGCUUGGUGUGCAAUACAGACAAUACUUUCCACUUUUUGUCAGUUAUAUUCAUGGAAGUAAUAAAAUCUCCAGUAAGUUCUGGCAUAAUGUCUUAUCUGGUAGUUUUGUGAUUUGCAAGUUAAAGACAUAUCAUAUUGUUCUAUAAUGCUUAGCCAUAUCUUGUUCUGUAGAGAUAUAUUUUAGAAUAUAUUAAACAUGUAGCUUAUACACAUUUAUUGUUUUACUACCUUUGUUUUGUGAUAUGAUUUUCGAAAAGGUUGUUGACAAUAAAAACCUUACUAUUUUGUUGUUGACUCUAUGGCUACAGUGACCAAGCUUUGGGAAUAUAUGUAAUUCUUUCAUAUUAUAGAGGGAGUUGCUUGUUGAACAGCAUUGAUGGUUGGCUCAUACUGUUAUAUGACAAAGUGUCCUUGAGAAAGUCAUAGAACCCCAUAUUGUUCCUGUGUAGGAAACCAUCAUAAACCCCAUUCAAUAAGAGAGUAGUUAAGUCAGUCGAAAAUACCACAUCGUACUGCCCUUUUAAGAGGCUAGUGGUCAUCAGAUCUUUGAUACAUAUCCUGAUAUAUUAUUAAUCAUGCAAAAUGCAAUGCAAUGUCAUCAUUUUGUGAAAUUUUGUGACACUUUGUCAGUGCAAUUGCUUCCUAUUUUUUGUUUUUGUUUUUGAGUCUUACACUGUAGCAUACUUUCCCAAGCCCGUUUUGCAUAUAAUUUCCAUGUGUUGUUGAGACAUAAAUAUUCACUGUGG